AAAACACAUCACACAAGACUCUGAAGGAAACUAACAGGAGGCAGUGAGAGAGGGUGCCGUGGGGGUUCUCGUCUGAGGCCCCUGAACAGAAGGGAACCUGGAUUUAUGAGGCGUAGGAGGAGGGAGAGAGACGGAGACAGAGCAUCCACCGGUGGUCCCGAGCUGACCUGCUUGAAAAAUACAGGACUGAAGACAGAGACAGAACUCGGAGUUUGUCCCAAAAAACAUCUAGGAAACUCAGUGUCCUCGCGGGGAGCACCUCCGAGCGGGGGGAGGGGGUGGGUUUCCCUGCCCCCGGGCUGGCCUGGCGCCGUGUCGGCAGUGGACUCCGGCCUCUGCAUGCACCACCAGGUCGGGAUGGCCACGCACACCCCGGUCCUGCGGCUGCUCCUGCUGCUUGCGCUCCUGGCCCCACACCGCAUCCAGCCCACAGGCGGCCGCGUGCGAGGGGCCUGGGACCCACGUCUUCUGGAGCGGGAAGAACUCCUCCCCAGUCUGAGCGUGUUUCUUCCCGCCUCAAAAGCAAGUGAAGUUCUGGCGAGAUGGAAGCGGGCUGGCUCCUACCUUCUGGAAGAGCUCUUCCAGGGAAAUUUAGAAAAAGAAUGUUAUGAAGAAAUCUGUGUCUAUGAAGAAGCCAGAGAAGUGUUUGAACAUGAUGCCCCCACUGCCGAGUUCUGGAAGACGUACAUGGGUGGCUCCCCGUGCAUCUCCCAGCCCUGCCUCAACAACGGGUCCUGCCAGGACAGCAUCCGCAGCUACACCUGCACCUGCGCCCCGGGCUACGAGGGCCGUGACUGCGCCUUCUCUAAAAAUGAGUGUCACCCCUCAAGGACCGACGGGUGUCAGCACUUCUGCCACCCGGGACCGGAGUCCUACACGUGCAGCUGUGCGGAGGGGCACACGCUGGGCCCAGACCACAGAUCCUGCCUCCCACACGAGAGCUGUGCGUGCGGGACCCUCAUGCCGCAGAGAAGCAAGCAGGAGCUUCAGGUGUUCCCGUGGCAGGUGAAACUAGCAAAUUCCGAAGGAAAAGACUUCUGUGGCGGUGUCAUCAUAAAGGAAAACGUGGUGCUGACGACAGCAGGGUGUUCGCUGCGGUACAGAAACAUCAGUGUGAGAGCAAGUCUCCGCAGGGCCCCCGAGGAUGCGCCGGUGGCGGCCAUGCACGUGCACGAGCGGUAUGACGCGGAGACGGGAGACAACGACUUGGCCCUGCUGGCACUGGCGCGGCCCCUCCGCUGCCCCGACGCCGCGCGCCCGGUGUGCGCACCUGAGGCCGACUUCGCUGAGCAGGUGCUGGUGCCGCGGGCACGCGGCCUGCUCAGCGGCUGGACGCUCCCCGGCCCCAGGCUGGGCCUGGCGCCCGCGCAGCUGCCCAUCGAGCCCAUGGACUCCGAGGAGUGCGGCCGCACCCUGAACAUGACGGUGACCACGAGGAUGAGCUGCGAGCAAGAGGCGCUGGCCCAUUUCUCCAAAAGGACCUUGAGAAAAAUAAAUGUGACCCUGACACAGACUAACGGAGGGGACAGCAGAAGAGAGAAGACUUUAAAGUCUUCCCCAAAUUCGAUUACAUUACUUUCAAGCCACCUUGUCGUCAGCAUGCCACUGCUUUAAAUGGCUACUUAUGACUUAAAAUCACAAAUGAGCGUUGCAAUUUUAUGUAAAUAAUACUGCAAAACUAUCUGCACUCUCGUUAUGGCAUUCACUGCACUGCGAAUCUGGAUUUCCAUGUGGAAAUCACUGCAGACAGCACAGGCAGAGGUGGGUAUCUCACUCAUGUCUGCAGGGCUCUACAAAACAAGGACCACCACAGGAACACCACAGCCCCGAAAAGCCAGCUGAGACGGGGCCGUGUGAGGCAAAAACAUCUCUGCUCACCUCACACAUGUGACUCAACAAAGUGGCUGGAAGCCAUGAGGAAGCAAAUCCAAAUAAAACCCAAGAAAAAGGACACAGAUUAGAUGAGGCUUUAACAGCGCCCUUUCACACUGGGGCAGAGACGGUCUGCUGGCAUGGCGUCAGUGCAAACCGCCCCCCCAUAGGACUC